GGCCCUGGUUAGGGCCCUCUCAGAGCAAAAAAGAUUUUAGAGGGAAAAAUAAUGGAGCCAGAAAUUUACAGAUAGGUGGUGGGGAAGAGAGGUUUUUUAGAGAGAGAGUACGUGCGUCACAGCUCACAAAGCUCCCCUUUCUCACGCAUCCCUAGGGAUUCCGCUUCCCAUUUCUUCUGCUGUUCCAGCCUGUAGCUUCCACGGCCCCUUAGGGUUAGGGUUUUUAUAUCUGGGUGCAGAGCGGGCUUGGACUUCUUGCAGAGGCUCCCUUUGACCGUUUAACGGCGACGCCUGGUAGUUUACGGUGGCAAUUGUGGUGUUCUGUGGAGGAAAUUGUAGUGUUGCUGGGUGAGAAUUGUAGGUUUUUCUGGUUAGGAUAAUUGAGGGCAGAGUUUCAGUGUUUUCCGUCUUGUUUUGCUCAUUUUCCUGCCGGAAUCGCUGGGUUUUCCUGCUAGUUGAAGUGAUUUCCGCAUAGCUUCACAGGUUUUCCAGGUGAAAUAUAGCGGGUGUUUUCCUGUGAAAAUUGAAGUGUUUUCGGUGAGAUUGGAGGUGUAUCAGGGAAAAGUGCCGCAUUUUCCCUCAAAGUCGCAACUUUCCCGGGAACAUUAACCUUUUUCCGGCGAGGUUUCCGGUGUACGUUUUCUGGAAACAGCCUAUUCUUUCCGCCGUAGUUGCAGCUUUUCAAGCGAAAUCAUAGCUUUUGCGGUAACAAGCUUAGCUUUUCCGAGGAGUUGCAACUUUUCCGGUGGUCUACUCAACUUCUUUCUCUGAGUCACUGGUUUUCCGGUGGCGACAAAGUUGGAUAUCCAUGGAUCCUUGCCCCUUUGUUAGAAUCCUAGUGGGGAAUCUUGCCCUAAAGAUCCCUGUAGCGUCGAAACCAUCACGCUCCGGCGUUCACCCUACGACUUCACCAUGUUUUUGCGAGAUCAAGAUGAGAAACUUCCCAAUGCAAACAGCCAUGGUCCCUCUUGUCUCUUCAGAUUCUCCAUUCUCGGAGAGCCAAGCCAUGGCCGCAAGCUUCCACUUAGACAAAGCAGACCUCCAAAAACUUGCAGGAAAAUCCAUUCUUGGUGGCCCUAAAGCCUGCCUUAGUGUAUCGAUUUACACCGGAAGAAGAGGAAGCACCUGUGGUGUUAGCUCUGGUAGGCUUUUGGGGAAAGUUAGGGUUUCAUUGAACCUUGAAGGUGCAGAGAGUAAGGGUUGUGUAUUUCAAAAUGGGUGGAUGGGUGUUGGUAAAGGGAAGGGUUCAGCUCAGUUACAUUUGAGCGUGAGAGCUGAACCUGAUCCGAGGUUCGUGUUCCAGUUUGAUGGAGAACCAGAGUGCAGUCCUCAGGUGUUUCAACUACAGGGCAACAUAAGGCAACCAGUUUUCACCUGCAAGUUUGGUUGCAGGCCUGUUGGUGAAAGGAAUAUGAGAUCGAGGAACGUGCAAUCCGAGACGUGCACAUCCCGCAGCUGGCUUGGCUCUCGGGGUGGGAGCGAUUGUGAACGCCCUGUCCGCGAGCGGAAGGGCUGGGCCAUCACGAUCCAUGAUCUCUCUGGCUCCCCGGUGGCUGCUGCCUCCAUGGUUACACCGUUUGUCCCUUCCCCUGGUUCUGACCGUGUUAGUCGCACCAACCCUGGGGCAUGGCUCAUCCUUCGCCCUGGAGAUGGCACCUGGAAGCCGUGGGCUCGCCUUGAGGCCUGGCGGGAGCGUGGGGCCCAUGAUGCCCUUGGCUACCGCUUCCACCUUCUCUCGGAGUCUUCCUCCACUGCCUCCAUGAACUCGUCAAUUCUCCUUGCCGAGUCCUCAUUAAGCGCAUCAAAGGGUGGGAAAUUCACAAUUGACAUUGGCAUUGCCUCUACUGGGAUGGCACAAUCGAAUGGGAGGGUGACGCCCGGGACGGUUUCACCGGUGUGUAGCAGUCCCAGGAGCAGUGCGGACUUUGGCCACGCAUUGUGGCCAGUAGUGCAGCACGGGUUGAGGGGAUUUGUCAUGUCAUCGAGUGUUGAGGGGGAGGGGCGGUGCAGUAAGCCUUUUGUGCAUAUAGGCGUGCAACACGUGGCAUGCAUGGAGGACGCAGCUGCAUAUGUCGCACUUGCAGCGGCGAUUGACUUGAGCAUGGACGCCUGCAGGUUGUUUUCACAGAAGCUCAGGAAAGAGCUUUGUCAACAGAUAGACGCAUCACCAUGAUAAAUGAGGAUCUGAGAGGGGUUUCCUCUUCUCUCUACCUUUUUUGUUUUUUUGUUGGAUUUGGUUUGGAUUGCUGUGUUUUUGCGCCUGUAUGUUUUGGGGCUUCUGAGGGGAAAGGCGUUCGAUCGAAUGAGCGGAGGGAGGUGGUGGUGUUAAGUUAAUGGCGGCAGCUUUGGGGCUGGAGACUUGAAAGUGUACAGUGGAAAGGGCAUUAUACUCUUUUUUCUUUUGUAUCAUUCAAUUUCUGCCAUUCUUUCCUUCUUUUUGCAGGUUUUAGUUUCUCUGGUUAUUCCGCACUUCUGAUGCCUUUGCCUCAGUGCUAAUUUCAGGGAGUGGUGUGAGAUUAUUUAGCUUGUUU